AUGGAUAUAUUUAUUGAAAUGAACGGAACGUUUGAAAACAUUACUGAUAACUUUACAAACUACGAAGGAUUGCCCACAAAUGUGACUGAUGUAAACAACACGGCCAUUGGCAAGGCGCCAUCGCCUCCCCUGUAUAUUGUGAUUUCGUCGACAGUUCUGUACUCGGUGAUUUUUCUGGUUGGUAUACUUGGCAACCUGCUUGUAGUGCUUGUUAUCACGUGCAGUCGGCGGAUGAAAACGGCGGUAAACGUGUACCUGGUGAACUUGUGCGUGGCCGACCUGCUCGUUAUCACCAUCUGCAUGCCCAGCGCCCUCGUUGACCUAUUCGCAAAGGAGGUCUGGUACUUCGGACCCGUUCUAUGUAAACUGGUGCCGUUCCUUGAGAACACAGUGGCCAACGUUUCCAUCCUCACGAUUGUUGUCAUAUCCAUCGAGCGAUACAAAGUGAUCAGGCAUCCUCUACAGCGUUCAGUGGAUCGCUGGGCUACGUUGGGAGAUGCUGCUAGCUUCAACUUAUUCAUUGAGGUGCCCGUCAAUCGAUCAUAA